UCUGAUGAAAGGUUGCCUUCUCUAGCUGUAUCUAUCAAUAUCAAUUUACACACAAUCUUAAACACACCACCUGUUCAACCACCCCCAAAAUUCACAUUCAGUCAUGUCUUUCCUAUGAUUCAAUCCAAUCCUUCCCAUCCCAUAACAACAAACAACAUUAACAAUAAUCCUUAAAAAUCAAGAAAAAAAAAAACACACCCAAAUUUAAAUGGAUUCUCAACAAACAAAACAUGAACAACAACUCCAAGAUUUAAAACCCCAACAAAAACAACAAGAAAACAACAAUUCCGAUAAUAAUUCUGAUCAAGACAAACAACCUCUUUUAACACAACAACAAAACCCCACAUCACCGUCACCAUCGAUUGAAGAGCUUGAGAAGAAAUACGCACCAUAUGUGCGUCACGAUGUGUACGGCACAAUGGGUCGUGGCAAAGUGUCGUUUAAUGAAAAAAGUUUGUUGCUUUUUGCAUUCUUGACACUUGUUCCUUUGCGGGUUGUUUUGGCUACUUUUGUUGUGGUUUUGUAUUACUUGAUAUGUAAGUUGUGUACUUCGUUUGUGAAACCGAAUAAAGAGGAAGAUUCAGAAGAAGGUCAGGAGGAUUAUGCGCAUUUGGGUGGGUGGAGAAGGGUUGUCUUGUAUUGGUCUGGUCGAGUUUUAUCUAGGAUAAUGCUUUUUGCUUUCGGGUUUUAUUGGAUUUGUGAGGAGACGAGAAGGCAUUGCGAUACCGAGGUGGAGCGAAAUGAGCAAUCCAAGGAAAGUGAGAGACCUGGAGUGAUCAUAUCAAAUCAUGUUUCACAUAUGGAUAUUCUAUACCAUAUGUCUUCAUCAUUUCCAAGUUUUGUUGCAAAGCGAUCAGUGGGCAAGCUUCCUCUGGUUGGUCUUAUAAGCAAAUGCCUUGGUUGUGUAUAUGUCCAGCGUGAGUCAAAAUCAUCAAAUACAAAGGGUGUCUCAGCCGUCGUGAAUGAGAGAAUUCAAGAAGCUCAUCAAGAUAAAUCUGCACCCAUGAUGAUGCUUUUUCCAGAAGGGACAACUACAAAUGGGGAUUACUUGCUUCCAUUCAAAACUGGUGCAUUUUUAGCAAAAGCUCCUGUUCUUCCUGUUAUUUUGAAGUAUCCUUAUGAGAGAUUCAGCCCUGCAUGGGAUUCCAUAUCCGGGGUCAGACAUGUGAUCUUGCUACUUAGCCAGUUUGUAAAUAAAAUGACGGUGACAAGGUUGCCUGUUUAUUACCCCUCACAAGAAGAGAAGGAUAAUCCAAAACUGUAUGCAGAAAAUGUCCGGAGAUUGAUGGCUCGUGAGGGUAACUUAAUAAUGUCAGAUAUCGGUUUGGCUGAGAAACGAGUAUAUCAUGCGGCUCUGAAUGGUUUGUUUUGACAACGAUAGUUUAAGAUACAGAUACGCCAUCUGUAUAUAUAUAUUUUUUUCUAUUCUUUUGCUCAAGAAAAGAAGAAAGAAAAUUUAGUGAAAUUUAUAGAAAAGUAUGGCUGUACUUAUCUAUUUAUUUGGUUCACAAAUGUUCACUGGAGUAUGGCCUGGACACAUCAUCAUCCUGCAAAGGUUCAAUGGUACACCAGGGAGCUGGCAACGUUUUGUCAAUAUGAUGAUGACGAAGAUCGGAUUCUAUUUCUUUGGUUUGUCGCUGCUGAAUGUCCUAUGUUCUUGAGAUAAAACAUCUGAUGUAUUGUAUUAUAUGCUGGAAGCCUGUAAAUUAUUGCCUGUCCCAUUAGCAAUAAUUUAUGAACAAGUUACUCAAGGGUCCCAAUGUGAUGGUUAAACUGUGAUUAGUCCCAAAUUUUGAUACAUGAUAUUAACCCA